GGCGCAGAGUUACGAUCACGCCGCUGCCAUUUUAGCGCACGGCGAGAGACGCGCUACCGCACAAAGAGUCGACACAAAUAAACAAUGCGCAAAUAAUCACCGUCUGCAGCUAGUUUAUUUGUGAUAGUAGCGCUGUCGACAUUUCUUCACCCGGACCGCAUUCAUAUUCCAGGAUGUCCACCGAACCUGCACCAGACCAGGCGGCGGAGUACAUCCCAGAGAAGGUGAAGAAGGCAGAGAAGAAGUUGGAAGAAAAUCUGUAUGACCUCGACGCUUGGAGCAUACUGAUUCGAGAAGCACAGAAUCAACCCAUAGACAAAGCAAGGAAGACAUAUGAGCGACUUGUCGCCCAGUUUCCCAGUUCGGGCAGAUUCUGGAAACUAUACAUUGAAGCUGAGAUCAAGGCUAAAAACUAUGACAAGGUUGAAAAGUUAUUUCAAAGGUGCUUAAUGAAGGUUCUGCACAUUGACCUGUGGAAGUGCUACCUCUCAUAUGUCCGUGAAACCAAAGGAAAACUGCCCAGCUAUAAGGAAAAGAUGGCGCAGGCUUACGAUUUUGCCUUGGAUAAGAUUGGAAUGGAGAUUAUGUCCUAUCAGAUUUGGGUGGAUUACAUCAAUUUCCUCAAAGGAGUAGAGGCCGUGGGGUCAUACGCAGAGAAUCAGCGCAUCACAGCCGUUAGACGUGUGUACCAGAGGGGCUGCGUCAACCCCAUGAUUAACAUUGAACAGCUAUGGAGGGAUUACAGUAAAUAUGAAGAGGGCAUAAAUGUGCACUUGGCCAAAAAGAUGAUUGAAGACCGGAGCAGGGACUACAUGAACGCCAGAAGAGUUGCCAAGGAGUAUGAGACAGUGAUGAAGGGUUUGGACCGGAACGCCCCCUCAGUGCCACCCCAGAACUCCCCACAGGAAGCCCAGCAGGUGGAGAUGUGGAAGAAAUACAUCCAAUGGGAGAAGAGCAACCCACUGCGCACAGAAGAUCAGACACUCAUCACCAAGAGAGUUAUGUUUGCCUAUGAGCAGUGUCUUUUGGUACUGGGACAUCAUCCUGACAUCUGGUACGAGGCUGCCCAGUACCUGGAACAGUCCAGUAAACUGCUGGCGGAAAAAGGGGACAUGAAUAAUGCCAAGCUGUUCAGUGACGAGGCAGCAAACAUUUACGAGCGUGCCAUAGGAACUCUACUCAAGAAGAACAUGCUGCUUUAUUUCUCUUUUGCAGAUUAUGAAGAGAGUCGCAUGAAGCAUGAGAAAGUUCAUAGUAUAUACAAUCGCCUUCUGGCAAUAGAAGACAUUGACCCCACAUUGGUUUACAUUCAGUACAUGAAGUUUGCCAGAAGAGCCGAGGGCAUCAAGUCCGGCCGCUCCAUCUUUAAGAAGGCCAGAGAGGACCCUCGGACACGGCAUCAUGUGUACGUCACUGCUGCUCUUAUGGAAUACUACUGCAGCAAGGACAAAUCUGUGGCCUUUAAAAUAUUUGAGCUUGGACUAAAGAAAUAUGGUGACAUUCCUGAGUACAUUUUGGCCUACAUUGAUUACCUCUCUCAUCUAAAUGAGGACAACAACACCCGAGUCCUGUUUGAGAGAGUCCUUACGUCUGGAAGUAUGUCCCCUGAGAAAUCUGGUGAAAUCUGGGCACGCUUCCUGGCCUUUGAGAGCAACAUCGGGGAUUUGGCCAGUAUCCUAAAGGUGGAGCGAAGGCGCUUCCUGGCCUUCAAGGAUGAGUAUGAGGGCAAGGAAACAGCUCUGCUAGUGGACCGAUACAAAUUCAUGGAUCUGUAUCCCUGCUCCCCCUGUGAGCUCAAAGCCCUCGGCUACAAGGACGUGUCUCGUGCCAAGUAUGCAGCACUGAUCCAAGAGGCAGUGGUCACUCCCUCUGCCCCAGCACUGAAAGACGAGGUAGACCGCAAACCCGAAUACCCCAAACCUGACACCAGCCAGAUGAUUCCUUUCCAGCCACGCCAUCUUGCACCUCCUGGACUGCACCCUGUUCCUGGAGGAGUCUUUCCUGUUCCUCCCACUGCUGUUGUCCUCAUGAAGCUGCUGCCUCCUCCCAGCUGUUUUACAGGUCCCUUUGUGCAAGUAGAUGAGUUAAUGGAAUCUUUCAGAAGAUGUGUACUGCCAGAGACGGUAGACGGUGCUGUAGAGUUGAUCACUGGCAAACAGUUAGAGAUGGCCAGCGAAGGCAACGGGCCUGUGGAGAACCACACUUUGGCAAAUAAAUCCUUGAAAAGACCAAACGCCGAUUCGGAUGAGGAGGAAGACAAAGGAUCCAUCGCACCUCCCAUCCACGACAUCUACCGAGCACGGCAGCAGAAGAGGAUCCGAUGAGCCAGCCCAAAACACACACACUUCUGAAUGAACAACACACAUGCCCACCUCACACCUCACUGAAGGCAUAUUGACUCCAACUUCCACCCUGGUUUUACUGUGAAGCCUGCACACCUACACUGAACCGGCCAGUGGAUGACGUACAGGAAUGUAUCCCUCGGUGUUGACUUGUGUUUGAGAGCAGUGGUUUGUGACUCAUUGUGACUGACUCAUCGCUAGAGAUAAUUGAAUACUGUCUCUGAUGUUCAUUUUUGUUCAGUGCUUUAACUUUUUUUUUUUUAACCAUUUUAUUUUUUAAAACUGAGUGGUUUAUGCUGUAUAAAGUUUUUAUUCUGAUUUGCCUCAUAGUUCUAAACUUGCCAUGUGUAGUUCUGGUGAUGGAAAAGUUGAUCAUUUUGUAGUGAACUGAGGAUCACACACAACUUCCAAUAAAACGGUAUCUGCUGGUU